ACCACGCACAUCUCCACAGCCUGCACCAAGCACACCUCCACAGCCUGCACCAAGCACACCUCCACAGCCUGCACCAAGCACACCACCACAGCCUGCACCAAGCACACCUCCACAGCCUGCACCACGCACAUCUCCACAGCCUGCACCAAGCACACCACCACAGCCUGCACCACGCACAUCUCCACAGCCUGCACCAAGCACACCUCCACAGCCUGCACCAAGCACACCUCCACAGCCUGCACCAAGCACACCUCCACAGCCUGCACCAAGCACACCUCCACAGCCUGCACCAAGCACACCUCCACAGCCUGCACAAGCACACCUCCACAGCCUGCACCAAGCACACCUCCACAGCCUGCACCACGCACAUCUCCACAGCCUGCACCAAGCACACCUCCACAGCCUGCACCACGCACAUCUCCACAGCCUGCACCAAGCACACCUCCACAGCCUGCACCAAGCACAUCUCCACAGCCUGCACCAAGCACACCACCACAGCCUGCACCAAGCACACCACCACAGCCUGCACCAAGCACACCUCCACAGCCUGCACCACGCACAUCUCCACAGCCUGCACCAAGCACACCACCACAGCCUGCACCAAGCACACCUCCACAGCCUGCACCAAGCACAUCUCCACAGCCUGCACCACGCACAUCCCCACAGCCUGCACCAAGCACACUUCCACAGCCUGCACCAAGCACAUCUCCACAGCCUGCACCAAGCACACUUCCACAGCCUGCACCAAGCACAUCUCCACAGCCUGCACCAAGCACAUCUCCACAGCCUGCACCAAGCACAUCUCCACAGCCUGCACCAAGCACACCAUCUAUACAAGUCAUCUAUAUACUAUAG